AUGAACAAGAUGCCUUCUAAUUCAUCGUCUAUUCCUUCAAUUACUUCUCCUAAUAAGAAGAGGAAGGAUAAAGAUCAAAAUGGUGACAUUGGCCCAACCAAGAGAGCCUCCAUCUACACCGGAGUUUACAAGCAUAAAACAGGAAGGUUUGAGGCUCAUCUAUGGGACAAAGAUUCUUCGACAAACCAACUGAAAAGAAAGGGAAAAAACGUUUAUCUCGGUUCAUAUGAUGAUGAAGAAUCAGCGGCUCAUGCUUAUGAUCUUGCCGCUCUCAAAUAUAGGGGACCCACUGCUACACUAAAUUUUUCGGUGGAGCUAUAUGAAAAAGAUGUAAGAGAAAUGAAUGGCUUGACAAAGGAAGAGUAUGUAGCCACUUUAAGGAGAAAAAGCUCUGGAUUUUCCUCGGGAUUUUCACAAUACAGAGGAGUAUUUAAACACCAUUCCAAAGGUCGAUGGGAAGCUCGAAUUGGACAUGUUGAUGGAAAGAGAUAUCAAUACUUGGGAACCUUUGCUUCUGAAGAGGAAGCAGCUAAGGCAUAUGAUUUGGCUGUAAUUCAGCAAAGAGGAAAAGAUGCUUUGACAAACUUUGAUAUAAAGAAAACUAAAAUACCAUCCCAUGGAACAAAUUGGCAUAUUGGAAGAUCAGGAAUAUCCAAAAAAAUAAAGAAAUAUGACCAGCUUAAUUUGGAGAAUGGUCAGAGUAUUGCUGAUCAUACUGAUUUGAAAAAGGCUAUAAGGGAUGAAGUUCUUGCUGAGAUGGAGGAGAUGAUCGAGAAAAAAGUUCAUGAUAAGGUCACAAAGAUAUUUUGCAAACUGGGAGAGGUAGAUCCUUAUUUCAACGACAUCGAUCUUAAAGCGGUGUUGCGUGCUUGUGAUGAUGAACUUGACGAAAAGGAGGAUGGGAAUGUAGCUUCUGAACAUGGUGAUGAAUAAAGAUUUUUAGUAGUCACUUUUUAUGUUUAUAUCAUCUUCUCUGUGCUUUUGGAUUGAUUUUUGUAAGGAUGAUUUAUAAGUUGGUACCU